UUUAAGUUAUUUCUAUCUAAUAAAUUAUAAGCAAAAAUUGUACCAAAUAAUCUAUCUCAAACUUUUAAAUUAAAAUAAAUUAUAAACUGCUUGUAAAACCACUGCCAAACACCCCUGUGACCCUACUUUACCACUACACAAAACCAUUAAUAUGACUACACCUACCAAUUUUUUUAAUAGCCAAAACAAUUGAAUUUUUUACCCUAGUUGUACACAUCAUAAUUCAGAUACAUCAAUGAUUGUUUUCCCCCUACUUAACUAAAGAACAGAAAAAAGAUGACAUAAAAAGAAAAGGUCACUGAUAUCUUUGACCAACACUAAUUAUUUUCCAUGAUUCAAGCCUGUAACCUGCAAUAGUAAGUAUUGAGUGUGUUACCUGCAAACUAUUAAUUCUUUUUCUCGGUGAACAAAUCAUCAAUGAGACCAUUAUCCCAAACUCCACAGAAAAUGAAAUCCCAUCUCCUGCUAUGGCUUCUUCUGAUCCUUGCUCUUGGAAUAGUUGGUGAAGCCUGCAACCCCAAUGACCUCAAGGCUCUAACGGAUUUCAAGGCCGGAAUUCGCCUCGACACCUCCGGCCGCCUUGCGAAGUGGCUUGGCCGAAGCUGCUGCAACUGGGAAGGCAUUUCCUGCGACAACACAACUGGGAGAGUGACAGAAAUUAACCUCCCGGGGUUGAUUACCCGCAAUGACGCUCCUCUGCAGAUUAUCAUGGAAGGCCGGCUUUCGCCUUCCAUAACCCACCUCACCUCUCUUCAAGUCAUUGAUCUUAGUGGGCUCAUCAGGCUAAUCGGAAACAUCCCAACAUCGAUCGGUUUUCACUUGCCAGAGCUCCGAAAGCUCUGGCUCUUCGGCAACAAUCUCACUGGUCCAUUGCCAGAAAGCAUUGGAAAGCUGUCAAAACUUGAAGAACUGUUUCUGAAUCAGAACAGAUUUUCUGGGUAUCUCCCUCUAAGUCUUGGAAGUCUUAAAUGUCUUACAAGACUCCAUCUACAUUCCAAUCGAUUUUCAGGUUCAAUACCGGAUUCUAUAACAAACCUCACAAAUCUGGUGAGUUUGAAUCUUCAAGAAAAUUGUCUUUCUGGUCAUAUACCGGUGAGGAUUGGUGAUUUGCAGGCUUUGGAAGAGCUUGAUUUUUCGAGCAAUUUCUUGAACGGGAAAAUCCCAGUUUCAGUAACCAACUUAACUGCCAUUUCAAUUAUCUACUUGAACACCAACAAUCUUGCGGGGGAUAUCCCAUUUCCUGCAAGCUCUGAUCAAAUGCCAUCCCUUGGAUUUCUCAGUCUGCACGACAACCAUCUCACCGGAACGAUACCAGAAACCUUUGGGUACCUAACCUCCCUCCAAAGAGUCUCCCUCUCUAACAACAGGCUUGAAGGGACUCUGCCUUCGAGUUUGGGUAAUUUGUCAUCAUUGUCGGAGAUGUAUUUGAGUGACAACCAGUUAUCCGGUCAAAUACCAAGAUCAAUAGGUCAGCUCUCACAGCUUCUGGUUUUGAGUAUCUCUCAUAACAUGAUUCAAUCACCAUUGUCUAGCGAGAUAUCUUCACUUCAAAAUCUUCAAAUACUUGAUCUAUCAUUCAACCAGUUAAACCUUUCAUCCAUACCCGAGUGGCUUGUGGGAUUGCAGUCCCUCGACGGGAUUCACUUAGCUGGAUGUGGGAUCCAAGGGGAAAUCCCAGAAUUAUUGGGAUCGACUCAUAGUUCGUUAUUGGAACUGGACUUGUCGGCUAACCAACUUAUGGGAACAAUACCUGAAUGGCUAGGGAGCCUUACACAGCUCUACUUGCUGAACCUCUCAAGGAAUUCGCUGGUUUCGAAUAUCCCUAUUACUAUUACAGACAUUCAAAGCUUGGGCGUGCUCGACCUACACUCAAAUAAGCUAAGAGGACCAAUAAAUCAAGUCUUUGAAGGUUGGUCAUUAACAUAUGUAGAUCUUUCAGAUAAUACAUUCUCGGAUGGUAUUGAACAGAUUGGGAAAGGAACACAACAUGAGAUUCGGUAUCUAAAUUUAUCACAUAACAAUCUCAAAGGUAGGUUACCAAGCUCUGUAGGGCAGUUGGAAGGGUUGCAGAGUUUGGAUUUGAGUUGCAAUGAGAUAGGUUCCGACUUACCGGAUUCUAUGGCAACUCUAAGCUCCUUAGAGAGGCUUAAGUUGCAGAAAAAUCGAUUUACCGGUGAGAUACCUAACGGGUUUUUGAAGUUGAAAAGGCUGACAGAAUUGGAUUUGUCGGAUAAUCUUCUGGUGGGAGAAAUUCCAUCUGGGAAGCCUCUAAGUGAUUUUCCUAAUAGCUCAUACACCGGAAACAGAGGCCUAUGUGGAAAACCUCUUAUUCCCUGCAAGGCUUGAACUCCAAAUAUCUUAAUCAAUUAUAAAUUGUUAAUUAUUCAAGAAAAAACAUAUCUCUCCAGAGUAUCUAAGAUGUGUUCUAUAUAGAAGCAGGCAAGCCAAGCCACAUUCACACUAGUAUAUGUACUAAAGCACCUUAGUGAACAUUAUGGCAUUCAAAAAUGGUAGUAUUCAAGAACAUGCUUUCUCUUCCUGUCUAAGUGGGUGUUUGGAAAGUGAAUGUUUUUGUAGAUUUUUUUAGUUGUAAGAUAUUAUGAAUUUUUUUUGUGUUUGGAAAGAUAGUUGAAUUUUUUUGUGGUUGGAUGUAAUGUUUGUGAGAGAAAAA